CAAUAAAAUAACAUUUCUAAAAUACGUAGAAAAUGAAAAAAGAAAAACCCUAAAACCACAAUCAAAUUCAAUGUCUCUCCCUCUCGCGCGCGCGACUAUCUUCUUCUCCGUUAAGAACCCAUCUAACGGCGACGACGUCAGAGCUCCGGACGGCGGACCCAUCGAACGACGACAGCAAAUGUGGAGCGGCGCGGAGAGGCGGCGGACCACCUAAGCAAGUGGAGACUUCGACGGCGACUAUGAAGACUUGAAAGUGUUUAUAUUUAGGUUUUUUUUACUUCUUGAAAUCAUUGAAAGGACACUUUUGGAAGGAUUUCUGAGGGGUCUACUUAGACGGCUAUAACUGUGCAGUGGCUAAAAGCAGUGGAUAAAAGGAAAUAUAUCUGCAACAUUUUGCAGUUUUUAUCCUUCUCUAGACCACAAAGGAAAAGUGAACACUGAUCCACAUCCAUGAAUUGUUUGUUACUCGCUGUGAAUAAUCCCACCAAGCUCAAUAAAUUAAAGCUCAAACUAGUCAAAUUCGCCUCCACUGCAAUUGCUCAAUUAAACUCAUGUUUUUUUUCACACAGUGAUGAUGAACAAACUACCACCUCCUUCAACACAACUUUAAAUGUUCAAUGUAAACCAUCAAAGGUGGUCCAAGUCCUAGAAAGUCUCCGAAGGGAGCCCAACAUUGCCUUUUCCUUUUUUCGCGAAUUGGAGGAACGGGGAUUUCAACAUAACAUCUCUACUUAUGCAGCUCUUAUUAGGAUAUUGUGCUCUUGGCGUUUGAGGAGAAAGCUUGAAACUCUGUUUUUGAAUCUCAUUGGAUCCAAAAAAAUGGAUUUUGACGUCUUAGAUUUGCUUGAAUCACUUAAUCAAGGGUGUGUGCUGGAUGCCUCAUUUAUUCGAGCAUAUGAUGCCUUAAUCAAGGCUUAUGUCAGUGUUAACUUGUUUGAUAGUGUUGUGGAUUUACUCUUCCGAUUAGGAAGGAAGGGAUUUGUUCCACAUAUUUUUACUUGUAAUUAUCUCUUGAACCGGCUUAUCGAGCAUGGGAAAAUGAAUAUGGCUCUAGUUGUGUACAAGCAGUUGAAGAGGUUUGGUUGCCAACCUAAUGAUUACACUUAUGCUACUGUAAUAAAAGCUCUUUGUAAAAUAGGUAACAUGGAAGAAGCUAUAGACAUUUUUGAGGAGAUGAGUGGAUAUGGGAUGGUUCCUAACGCCUUUGCUUGUGCUGCAUAUAUUGAAGCGUUGUGUACCCACGAUUGUUCAACUUCAGGGUAUCAGUUGCUACAAGCAUGGAGAGCAGAACGAUUCCCAAUAGAUGCAUAUGCUUACUCUGUAGUCAUUCGUGGGUUUUGUGAUGAGAUGAAAAUAGACGAGGCAGAAUCUGUCUUUCUUGAUAUGGAAAAUUAUGGAGUAGUUCCAGAUGCACAAACUUACAGUGUGUUGAUCGAUGGUUAUUGCAAGAAGUUGAAUUUGCAAAAAGCUUUGUCUCUUCACAGUCUCAUGUUGUCCAAAGGUAUAAAAUCAAAUUGCGUGAUUGUCAGCUUUAUCCUUCAAUGCUUCCUUAGGAUGCAAAUGUAUUCAGAAGUGGUGAACCAAUUUAAAGUAUUUCAGGAAAAGGGGCUAUUUUUGGACAAGGUUGUAUACAAUAUUGUUGUUCAUGCCCUGUGUGAACUAGGAAAAUUGGAGGAAGCUAUUGAGUUGUUAGAAGAAAUGACAAGUAGACAGAUCCAGAUGGAUGUCAUACAUUAUACAACAAUGAUUAAAGGUCUUUUUGCUCAAGGAAAAAUUCAUGAAGCAAUGAUGAUGUUUGAAAAUUUGAAGAAAAAUGGUGUUGAGCCUGACUCCAUCACUUAUAAUGUGCUUGCUGCUGGGUUAUCUAGAAACGGUCUGGUAUCUAAGGUCCAAGAGCUUCUAAACUACAUGGAGGAACAUGGUUUGAGAGAAGACCCUAAGAUGCCCAACCUGGUAAUUGAAAAUUUAUGCAUAGGAGGAAAAGUGAAAGAAGCAACUGAAUUUUUCAAUAGUUUAGAAGUAAAGACGGUAGAUAACUAUGCUGCCAUGAUUAAUGGGUAUUGUGCAGCCAACUCUACGAAAGCUGCUUAUAAACUUUUUGUUAAUUUGUCCAAGGAAGGAGUUUUUAUCAAAAGAAGUUCUCUCGUUAGGCUAGUUAGCAGGCUUUGCAUGGAAAAUUCCAGCUUUAGAGCUAUUGAGGUGAUGAAACAACUUCCAGUUAUGAAUUUGGAGGCUAAAGAAUUUGUGUACAACAAAGUCAUAGCUUCCUUAUGCCAGGUAAGAAAUAUGAAGAUGGCCCAAUGUUUAUUUGAUUGUUUAGUUCGUGCUGGCUUGAUUCCCGAUCUUAUCACUUACACAAUGAUGAUAAAUGGUUAUUGCAAGAUUAAUUACUUGAGAGAAGCUUAUGAACUUCUGUGUGAUAUGAGGAAUCGAGGAAGGGAACCUGAUAUUUUUGUCUAUACAGUUUUGCUUGAUGGUGGAUUUAAAACCAGAGUACAAAAGUGCUCCUCAGUAGAAUUAGCUUUGACGUCUUCAAUUUUUAAUGAAACGAAGGACAUGAAGAUCACUCCAGACGUUGUUUACUACACUGUAUUGAUUGAUGGGUAUUGUAAAAUGAACAACCUUAAUGCUGCUUUUGUCCUCUUUGAGGAAAUGGUUGAUCAAGGAAUAGAGGCUGAUGCAGUGACUUAUACUGCCCUACUGUCCGGCUGUUGUAGAAAUGGAGAUAAGGAGAAGGCUCAAACCCUCUGUUAUGAAAUGACAUCUAAGGGAAUUCUUCCUCCUGAAAAUUUCUCAUAUCUGUUGCAACACGAUACUUUAGAAACCAAGAAAAUUUAACUUUGCAAGCUCUUUACUGAAUAACAGUCUUGGAUUGUCCACAACUGAAAUCUACUUGAGCAAUAUAGUCAACUCUACUUUGACUUGAUGAUGAAAUAGUCAAAUGUGUGGAGUUGCUGCAGUAAUGGGGUUGGAAAUUAAAAUAUACGAUAUCCAGUUUCUGUGAAGGGAAGUCAGUCUCCUCUGUUGCAAACAUGGUGCAGAUGCUACCCAGAGCUAACAUGAGAAAAUACUGUUGAAAAGUCGUGUAGCUAUCUUAUUCAUUAUAAAACAUGCUGUUAUUUCACCCCCAUCGAAUAAAAGUAUACUGCGGUUCAGGAGAUGUUCGAGUUAUUCCUUGUGUACCCUAAAAUGGUAACCAAAGAGCUGAAUGGGCGAAGUGCACAGCAGUCAGAUGGUGACUUGGGGUUUCUAUUUCAGCAGAAGUCACAAUAAUGUGCCUUGUACAGUGAAACAAACACUCGAAAUUGGUUGAUAUCACAUUGCCAAAUCGUUGAACAAUAUUUCAUGCAAUGGUGGUCUCUUUAGUUGCAACUUGACCACAUAUCAAAACAUGUUAGUCACAAGUUCUACCAUGCUGACAAAAGUAGACGAUAUACGCCUGUUCGAGCAAGACCAGCUUCCAAUUUGACUCUUUGUAUGCUCAUUUGGAGAUUUCUUGCUACUUCAUUUGCUUUCAGUAACCUUAGCACUAUUCUUUUCUGGUAUCGCGCAAACCUUCUCGGAGUUGUCUCAGAGAAAGAAUUGGUUUGAAAUGAAACAUAUGGCUUUCGGGUUGUGAUUUCUAGAUGGAUUUAUUGUUUGCUUCAGUGGUCUAGAAGAGGCUAAUAUUAUUGGUGCAGUUCUCUUGUUUUCACUUUGAUUCUUUCACAAAGCCUCGAAGGAGGCUAGAGUGCACCGUUGUAGGAAAAGAAUGAUCAUCAUUGCUCUGUAUCUCUUUAGCCAUGUAUUAGCAUUAUGAGAAUUAUGUUUUUCUUUUCCUAUCGUUGGCAAAAAGAGGCCCACAUGGCAUAGAUAUCUUUCUUUUGUUCCACAUGAUGAUCACUAUUCUUUUUCCCGUUGGGUAUGUGUGAAGUGUAUUUUAAGAGGUCGGCUUAAGGAUGUUUUGAACUUAAAUACUAAUAUAGUCUCCGAUAAAUGUCUAGAUGGA